UGUCCUGUUUCAUUUUCGUAUCGGCCUUCUGCCCGAGUUCAUCUCCAACUGUCUACCAAAAGUUACCCGAAAUAUCACGUAUUGGGACACAUCUAGGUGCCAGGCAUUUUUGGCCGUCUUGUUAUAUAUAUUGGUAGAUGCCUACUUUCGUAACGCAACCCGAAAGACAGACAGGCAGUAAGUCAAUAGGAUGGGUAUUCAACGGAACAAUGAUAUUGAGAACUGUGGUCUGUCCGAUCGUUUCGUGACAGGAGAACUGCCCCAGGCAGACAGGGCCUCAGUGAGUCUAGAUGAGCACGAAGAUCCCAGGAAAUGGCCAGGAGGGAAGAAAUGGCUGUGCACGGUGAUUGUGGUUAUGAUGACCGCAACGAUAGCAUUUUGCUCGAGUAUAUACACGGCUGGUACUACUCACAUCACCGAAUACUAUGGAUGUUCGCGGACGGUUGCCACUCUUGGGGUGACCACCUUUCUUCUGGGAUUCGCAUCGGGGCCCCUUAUCUUUGCACCUCUAUCCGAAGUCUGUGGCCGAAACCAAAUCUUCCGACUUACGCUAGGCCUUUUUGUGCUCUUCCAAAUCGGGUGUGCUUUAGCCCCCAAUAUUGCAGCCUUGAUCAUCUUCCGCUUUUUCUCCGGGUUCUUUGGUUCCCCGACGGUAACCAACUCUGGAGGCUGUAUUACUGAUAUCUGGCCCCAAAGCAACCGCUCCGUACCGUUAGCAUUGUUUUCUGCUGGAAGCUUUCUCGGUCCUGUGUUUGCCCCAGUGGUCGGCGGUUUUGUUUCCGAGUACCUAUCCUGGCAGUGGAACUUUUGGCUCGUUCUUAUUCUGAGUGGAGCUGUCUACGUCGUCUCCUUGAUCUUCCUACCAGAGACAUACCCUCCAAAACUGUGGCGGGACAAGGCACGUCACUAUGGCAUACAGGCGGCAGAGACCUCCUUGAAGACACAGCUUCGCAAGACCCUGAUUCGGCCCUGGCGGAUGCUAUUUGCAGAGCCCAUCCUCUUCCUACUUUCGCUGUACAUGGCCUUUAUCUAUGGCAUCCUGUACCUCGACUUCACGGCAUAUCCCAUCGUGUACGGACAGUCCCGUGGCUGGUCAGCAGGUAUGUCCGGCCUCUCAUUCCUCGGAAUGGGCGUGGGUAUGGCGGUUGCAACAAUAGGAUCUCCAUACGUCAAUGUCAUCCAUGGCAAAUAUGUCGCCAAACUCGGCCCCGAGCCCGAGGCCCGACUGCCACACCUGGUGAGCCUCUCCUGGCUUAUUCCCGCCGGUCUAUUCUGGUUUGGCUGGACCGCAAUGCCCCCUACCCAUUGGGUGGUUAGUAUCCUGUCUGGGGUGCCCUUUGGGUUCAGCCUCAUCAUGCUCUUUCUCGGCAUUACAUCUUACCUCACUGAUUGCUACGGCCCAUAUGGUGCCAGUGCUCUAGCAGCAAACGCGGUCUUCCGAUCUAUCUUUGGCGCUGUGUUUCCGCUGUUUGGGACCGACCUUUAUGAUGGGUUAGGGGUGCCUUGGGGGUCAAGUUUACUGGGUUUUGUGGCGCUGGCAUUGGCGCCUUUGCCCUGGGUGUUCUAUCGUUUUGGUCCAAGGAUUAGGAUGAGGAGUAAGUAUCAUCGGAUGAUGGUGGAGGGUGACGCAUGA